CAUACAGUAUUGUUUUAUCGGCGGAGGGCGCGUUGGAUUUGAUCCAGCUUUAACUGCUGCUGCUUGUCAGUUCAGCUGUCGGGGUGAAACCGUUGGAGGGGUUAUUGUUGUUGGUUCAACACUACAAGUAUUUUCCGUUUUUAUAUUUAUAAAGCCUAUUUAAUGGAUACGGUAUGGAGAUAGCGCUGGUGAGUUUUGAGAACGGCGGAGCGAAAGGAAGCGGUGGCAAUGCCGGAGAUGUAGCCAGCCGUAACGCGCUGGAUCACCCUCAACCUCCGCCGUUUGUCCAGUGUGGACUCAGCGAGCUGGGCUACAGCGGUCACAAAGAGAUUAAUACAAUCGGGAGUCCCAAACCGAGGACGUGGAAAAUCAACGAUAUGAAUAACACUUUGAGUUGCAACGAGAACGUGAUGGAUGCGCUUUGGCGCGCAGACCACAGUCCCCAUCUGUUGGACGAUGACAUGUUGGAUAUUGAGCGCAGAGACAUGGACAACAACGAGAGGGUGCUGAUCAACAUCGCUGGGUUAAAGUACGAGACACAGCUAGGGACACUCAACCAGUUCCCCGAAACGUUACUGGGGGACCCCUAUAAGAGGAUCAAAUACUUCGACCCGCUCCGGAACGAGUACUUUUUCGACCGUAACCGGCCGAGUUUCGACGGGAUCUUAUAUUUCUAUCAGUCGGGAGGUAAGAUCAGACGACCUGUCAAUGUGUCUAUCGACGUGUUCGCCGAUGAGAUUCGGUUUUACCGACUAGGGGAAGAGGCCAUGGAACGGUUUAGAGAAGACGAGGGGUUUAUUAAAGAAGAAGAGAAACCGCUACCGCAGAAUGAGUUUCAGAAACAAGUCUGGCUCAUAUUCGAAUAUCCGGAGAGUUCCAGCCCGGCGCGAGGCAUCGCUAUAGUCUCAGUGCUGGUCAUCACCAUAUCCAUUAUCACAUUUUGCAUGGAGACACUACCGGAGUUCAGGGACGAGAGGGAGCUACCGGUCACCAGUCGGCCUGGUAACAACACCGUUCCGCGUCCCUCUCUCACAUUCACAGACCCUUUCUUCAUAGUGGAAACCACUUGCGUGAUAUGGUUCACUUUUGAAUUCAUAGUGCGUUUCUUCGCCUGCCCCAGUAAGUCGGAGUUCUCCAAGACCGUCAUGAACAUCAUAGACAUCAUGUCUAUCCUGCCUUACUUCAUCACGGUGGGCACAGAGCUGGCGGAGCAGCAGGUGGAGGAACCGCAGGAGCACGGCAACGGACAGACCAUGUCUCUGGCCAUCCUCAGGGUCAUCCGGCUGGUCAGGGUGUUCAGGAUCUUCAAGCUGUCCAGACACUCCAAGGGGCUUCAGAUAUUAGGACAAACCCUCAAAGCCAGUAUGAGAGAGUUGGGGUUGCUCAUUUUCUUCCUCUUCAUCGGAGUCAUCCUCUUCUCCAGCGCUGUGUUCUUCGCCGAAGCAGACGAGCCCGAAUCGCAUUUCUCCAGCAUCCCCGACGCCUUCUGGUGGGCCGUGGUCACCAUGACAACGGUGGGCUAUGGGGACAUGAGGCCGGUGACAGUGGGGGGGAAGAUAGUGGGCUCUCUCUGCGCCAUCGCCGGGGUGCUGACCAUCGCGCUGCCGGUGCCUGUCAUCGUGUCCAACUUUAACUAUUUCUACCACAGGGAGACGGACCAGGACCAGUCUUCUCUGAAAGACGACCCGCCCAACAGCAGUCAGGACAGUCCUCAGUUAAGGAGGAAGGACAGUAAGGGAUCUGCCAAGUCGGGAGACGAGGAGGACGGAACAGGAGCGGAGAAGGAGAAUAUCAAGGCUAACAGCAGCAUGAACAUUAAACGAUCCCUUUACGCGUUCUGUCUGAACAAGACGGAGUCGGACCUGUAGUCCCCACAGACAGACAGACAGACAGACAGACAGACAGACAGACAGACAGACAGACAGACAGACAGACAGACAGUGACUAAUUGAAUAGAGAGCAGUGUGUUUUGCUGCGGUGAUUUUCAAGCCUCUAUCAGUGAGUUGAUGUAUAAAAUCCCUCCUGGUAUUAAUGGAUUUGAAGCCUAAACGAAAGCAGAGCCUUGAGUCCCAAAUGACACCCUAUUUCCUACACAGUGCACUACUUCUCGGGCCUAUGGGUCCUGG